AUGCCAAAACCAGCAAAAAAGAUCACUGAUGCAGAUAUUAUAGCAAUUAAUACUCUCCAAAAGGCGAAGGAUUAUUCUUAUAAUGGCAAAAAUUUGGAGGAUAACGAAAAAACUAUUUUUGACAGUGAUUUAUUAAAAGUAAAAGAUGCCGAUGGUAAUAUUGUAAAAAAUACCGAUGGUUCUGAUAAAAUAGAUGAGGAUAAAUUAAGAGAAACUGUUGUUUUGCUAGUUAAUCUUAAAAUAGCUCAAGCUGAAUUAGAAAAUGAAAAAAAUGAUGCUGAAAAAAAUUUAAGUAAAGAAGGUAACGAUUUGUUAAUUAAUUUCCUUGAUAACAGAAGAAAUAAUAAAGUUUCCUAUCAAUUAGUUAAUACAGAGGAAAACGGAGAAAAAAGAGUUGACAAAAUAUUUCAUGAUUAUCAAACUAUCCAAUACCGAAGAAUAAACAGAAAGUUAACAGCAGAAAUAAAAGCUGCAGAUGCUGCUUUAAGUAGUAUUAGCAAUGAAGUAGAAAAACAACUCAAAGAGAUUGAAAAAGCUGAUAAGGAAUUAAAGAAAAAUCAAACACAAGCAGAAGCUAGAGCAUAUAGGGACAAAGUUCAGAAUAUUAUUAAUGCUUUGAAAGCUGAUUUAAAACCUGGUCAAGUGGCUUAUAAUAUUUUAAAUAGAGCUGUUGAGAGCCAGCGAAGAAUUGCUGAAACAGUUUAUCGAAUUAAAACUACGCUAACAAUUCCUACCUUAGGAUCAAUAAUCGAAACUGCUGUUGCAGAACCUUAUUCAGAUAAAAAAUACGCUCACCCAACUUAUUUGGGAGAAGGUUUGCCAUGGCAAAUGAAAAAGUUAUUUGAUCAGUUUGAUAGAAAAAAACUUUUUGCUUUGAUUGAUAAAAAGUUUUCUAGUGAUGCUGGUAAAAUUGAUAAGAUUAAAAAGGCUUUUGAUAGAAUGGUUAAAGAGGUACAAGUGGAGGAUGCAAUUUCAUCUGGAUAUGAGUUAGAUAUUGGUGAAGAUUGUUCUAUGAGUGUUCUCUAUGAUAAAGAAAUUCCAGGUAAUCCGGCUCACGGGAAUUCAGAUCUUAUUCUUCCUAGAAACUUUGAUGAAGCUCGUGGACAUGUUUUAAAUCUCAGUGAUGUUUUAUAUUUCAUGCAUGCUCUUUUCCCUAAGGGAACUGCUAAUUUUUCCGACCUUGAUAUUUUAAAACCAGGUGCUGAUGCUUUGCCUUUUGCUGAUAGUGGUAAAACUUUAGAUACUGAGCAUGGAAAAAGUAUCCCUGAAUUUUUUUGGCAAGUUUAUAAUGAUCCAAAAGCAAUUCAAUGGACAACUAUGAAAGUUGGCUCGGGUACUGAUCUGCCAUUUAUGGCCUAUAAAGAACGUGUUAAGAGGAUGAUUGACACUAACGUUAAAGCGACUGAUAGAAUUGGUACACUUACUGAUGAUCAGCCAUUUGAGACCUUUCAUAAUUUUAGAAAAACUGCGGAAGCAAUAGACUAUGUAACCCUAAAAAAUAGUGGAUUAGUGGUUCCAUAUAUGAUUGAGAACACUAAAGAAGAUCUUACUGAUAUAGAUAAAUUGCAAGCGAAAAAGUCGCAUGAAUUAAAUAAGUUACUUGCGAUUAAUGCUCGCGAAGCUACUAAAGCGGGAGAAUUAAGAGGUUUGAAGGAUAAACUUCAAAAACUUAAAACUGAUAAAAUUGAACAUUUAGAAGCCCAAUUAGAACACCUUGGUAAAAAAAUAACUGAUCCAGCUGAUCAAAAUAAACCAGGUGGAAUGAAAGUUAUAACUGUUCAAGAAGCUUUAGCAAUAAAGAGUUUGUAUCAUUUUGUGAAAGAAUUAUCAAAAGAUAUUCCCAAUAAAGUUUUAGAUCCAAAAUACCAACAGUAUGAUAAUAAUGUAGACCAAGAAGGAAAGAAUUUAAAUGAAGAAGCAAUCAGAGCUUUCUUAGAAGUUGUUAAGGAAGACUUGAAAAAAGGAGAGGAAUUCGGUAAUCUUUCUCCAGAAGAAAAAGCUGAUUUAAGUGCGAUUAAUAAUUAUAUAGAUCAAGCUCCAACUCUUAGAGCAGGCGACCUCGAAAAUGUUUUUAAGGUUGAUGUUGAUAUUUCUGAAAAUAGUAUCGCGAGAAUUAGUGAAAUUGUAAAUUACUUUGAUAAGUUAUCUGAAUCUGACAAAGAUAUUUUUUUUACUGAACUAAAAACUUAUGUAACUGAUAAAGGUUUAACUUCUUUCCCGGGUGAUACUGCCGAUAGACAAGAUAAGAUAAAUUAUUACUUUGUUGAACUUGGUCCAGAACACGUUAUUGGGUUCCGAGCUGCUUAUGAAAUUAAGCAUGAUAAUAGUAAAAAAGAUACACUUAUUACCGAAAUGAAAGGUAAAAAAGAUAAUGAUGUGCCAUUGGAUGUUUCCACCAGCGGUUAUGGAGAUGGCAACGAUUAUACUGAGGCCGGUGUAAUUAAGUAUUAUAGUGAAGAAUUAGGAGGAGUGAAUCAUAGUUAUAAAAAGAUCAAAGACAAAGAUAUAUUAAGAUUUGGUGAUAUAUCUCACGCUCAGCGUAAAAAAGGAAUAACUUCUAUUAGUGAUUAUACCGAAGCUUAUUUGAGUACUGAUGGCAGUUAUGUUAAAGUAACUGAGGAAAGUCCGUACUCGCACUUGCUGGAAUGUGUAGUUCAAUUGGUAGAACAUCGGCCUCCAGAUCCGAUUGUUGUGGGUUCGAGUCCUGCCACCUCUGCCAAAGCAUUUUUACCAAAAGAUUUUUGA